GAAGAUUUCGUCCAACUUUCGUUUAAAAUGUCAGAUAAAUUUAGAGAUUUGCCUAUAACCGUGUCGCAUUUUGCAGCUAAUUUUAUGACAGCGGUAGCAGAACUUUAUUUCAAUGAUCAACAUGGUGCACUGGUUGCACCACCUGAGAGACUCUUGGAUGUUAUCGCAAAUUGGAUUUCAGAAAAUCCUAAUCUAUGUUAUGCAUGUUAUGAACCGAUUGCUUUGCCUCAAGGUGCUAUUGCUAUGCCAGUAGUAACGUCUAUAUCUGGACUUUUACGUUGGACAAUUUUAGCACCUCUGGUAACAGACAAAGUUACAUAUAAAAAGCUGCAUCUAUAUUUAAUACAAUCUAUUAUAAAUAAUAAGGGUUCUAACCAAUCGGCUGCAAUUGAUGCUCAACAUAUGCAAAUUGUAAUUAAUUCGUUGCUUCUGCAUGCGUCACGUUCAGUUCCAGCAUCAAAUGAUGAUCCCGCCUUUCAGACUUGCAUUGAACGUUUAUCACAGGCUGUGCACACAGCAAUCAAUUCACAAGCGAUUUAUGGAAACAUACCUCAACUAUUGUGCUCUCUGCAAACGCUACCACAUAAUGAAUUUCUCUCCACUGUUAUUAAAAUGCACAAAAUUAAAAUUUAA